GCAAAUCUCAAAAGAGACCGAUAAAUAAUAACGAAUAUAACACAAUUGAAAUGAUAUUCAAACAAAUCACAACUUUCUCUAUGAUUCUGAAAGAAAAUGCCAACAACAUAUCGUUAGAAAUCCUCAACAAAAAACUGGACGAAAUCAAUAUGCCUCCUUCAAAACCGAUUAGUUUCGCUGAUAUUGUAAAAUCAGAUCAAAACAUCAUUACAAACAAAUCUCGAAAACCUGAAGAGAAAACUAUGAUCAUCUCGGCCAACAAAGAUUCUUCCAUCACCGAUCUCCAACAAAAAGUCCACAACCACAUUCGCAAUAUGCGUUCAAACAACAACAAGACAAAAAUCAACAAAAUUAUCAAAUCACGAACUGGAAUCAUCAUAAAAACGCCUACAUCUAACGACAUUGAUUCACUCAUCGAAGAAUUCAAAAAACAAGACGAGAUCAAAAACAACGCAAAUAUCUACCAAGCUAAAGCUCUUGAUCCAACUAUUGUGCUCAAAAAAGUCGACAAGAUCACGGACAGCGACAACAUCAAUAUCAUCCUAUGCAAUAUGAAUCCUGAACUUGAAGGCCUCGAAGAUGAAAUAAAAUUGCUUUUCCCGAUCAAAACUUCGGCACCUCAUCAAGACUUAGUUCUCAGAGUAUCGCCAAAGGUUUACUGUAUCAUCAAAAAGCUCCAUCACGUUCAUACCGACCUGGAAGUAGUUCAAAUUAGAGACCGAGUAAUGGUCCGCCAAUGCCAAAACUGUUUUAUUUUCCAUCCGCAACACAAACAGAAGGAAUGUCCAAAUCUAAAAGCAUGUAAAACAUGCGGGGUCACCGGACCUCACCAAUGCGACCUUAUCCAACGUUGUCAUAACUGCAUUAAGCACCCAAUGUACAAAUCAAAGAACAUCCAACACCAACCUAACAACAAACAGUGUCCUAUCUACCAAGAUCAAAUCAACCGAAUCGUAGAAAAAACCUGCUACAACCCUGUGGAAACUGAAACGACAACGACAACACAACAAAAUAACGCUGUAUUAAACGACAUUCAUGACCAAUAAGAUUAGUAUCAUCCAACAAAAUCUACGAAAAAGCAUUUUCGCUACAAACGAAUUCAAAGAAGCUGUUUCCCAACUUCCAAACAACGACAUCAUCUUAAUACAAGAACCGAACAUUUACCGUCCUGAG